AUGUGUUCUGAGGACUCCAACCCGCAGAAAGCAUUGAAGGGUAGCUCUGGGCCUGGGCCCACUCAGCCCUCUGAAGCACAGGUCUCCUCAGCCCUGCUCCCUGCUGGCUGCUCCGAUGUCCCUAGGCCUGUGGAAGUCAAGUAUUUGGGACCUAGAGCACAUGUGAUCCCACUGUUUUGCAGGACUCUGUGGGUAGAGUCCCUGCUCCCUGAGCAGGUGGCAAGAGAGUCACUUCCGACAAACCUUCAUACCAAAGUGGUCCUGUCCCUGCCCAUGUCAUUUCCAGCCACCCCAGGGAAGAUGUCCACAUUCUCUGUCCUGAACCCAGAGCCACAGAGCUGCUUCCCAAGAGGAGGUCGCCCAGGGCACCCUCAGAGGCUCCGCGGGCGCCCCCUCACGCUGCCGGCCAGAACUGCAGCGGAGCCCCGCACCGGUGCUGAAUACCGGACUGAGACGCCCCCCUCACCAUCACCGAGAAACCACAGACCUCAGGCGACUCAAACAUCUGCAAAUCUGAGCGGCUCUGACUGUGGGGUUAGCAGCACACGUCCUCCCGUCGUAAGAAGCACCUGGCAUGGUUGGUCCCUUGCUAAAGGAAGAUCAGGUUCCAGGCACUUGCAUACUCGUGUCCAGAGAGGGAGCCGUCCGUUGUGUGAGCCUCCCCAUCCCCAAGGAGCUGUGUACAGGAUUCAACAGAGGGAAUGGGGUGGAAUAACGAAGAGAAGUCAUCGGGGAAAGGAUGUAGUAUUUUCACUGAAGCAGAGUGCAGUCCACAGCCAAAGCGGAAAGCUGGAAGUGGGUGGGCCGGCCGCAGAGGGCCCUGUCUCCAAGCACGCCAAGAAGAGCGGACCUCGUCCUGUGGGCAGGACGACCCAGAGCAAGACAGUGUUCAAAGAACAACGUUUGAAGAUGGAGCUGAGGCUUCCCUUCCCAUGCCCUGUUCCACGACUCUGCCCUCCCACCACGAUAGCUUCCCCCAGGGAAUGAAAACAUCCAGGGUGCCAAAGCAAAAGGACACAGGGAACAUCACUAGGCACCAGUCACACAACCCACGGAUAAAUCAUUCAAAACAGUUGUGAUCGUAGGUCACAAUGUGACGUUCUGGCAGAUCACUAAUUGAAAA